AUGCAGAAAAAAUACAAAAAAGGUGCGGCUGUGAAUUACAUCAGUCGUAACCAAGCUUUGCGCAAAUUGCAAUUGACUCUUUCUGAUUUUCGACGAUUAUGUAUUCUCAAAGGUAUCUAUCCAGUUGAACCAAAGAAUCGACGUAAAGCAAAUCGUGGUCGUCUAGCAAAUAAAACGUAUUAUUUGGCAAAAGACAUACGUUUUUUAACACAUGAACCGAUCAUCGAUAAAUUUCGUCAAAUGAAAUCGUAUCUUCGACGAUUAACAAAAGCAAGAGCACGUAAGGAAAAAACUAGAGAACAAGCGUUACGUAACAACCGUCCGUUCUAUAAACUCGAUCAUGUUGUACGAGAACGAUAUCCAUCUUUUGCUGAUGCUUUAAGAGAUUUAGAUGAUUGUUUAACACUCGUGUUUCUAUUUGCUAAUUUUCCGUUGUUGAAAAAACUCUAUGAACCACGUCUUCGUCUUUGUCGUCGUUUAUCGGUUGAAUUUCUUCAUUAUGUUAUUGCAAGUGGAUCAUUAAAGAAAUGUUUCAUAUCGAUCAAAGGUUACUAUUUUCAAGCUGAAAUUCGAGGUGAAAUAAUCACUUGGAUUAUUCCUCAUAAACUCGGACAUAAAAAUCCAGCUGAUGUUGAUUUUAAAAUAAUGGCAACAUUUCUUGAAUUCUAUACUACACUUCUUGGUUUUGUUAAUUAUAAAUUAUAUUCCGAGCAUGGAUUAAUAUAUCCACCUAAACUAACGUUUACACCUACAACAUCAUCAUCAACACUUUGUUCUGAAGAUGAAUUUUCUGAUGAAUUUCUCGCUUCACUUGGUUUACCCAUUAUGAAGAAACCAGAACUUAAUCCAGUUGAUAGAAUUGAAAUUGAUCAAGAAGCUGCUCAGCUUUUGGGUGAUACGGUAGCCGAUGAAGAUGCUCGUAAAAAAGAAGAAGAAGCAAAAACUUUACAAAACUUAUUUUCAAAAUGUAAAUUUUUUAUCAGUCGAGAAGUUCCACGAGAAAUGUUUGCAUUUGCUAUUCGUGCAUGUGGUGGCGAUGUUUCAUGGGAUAAAACAAUGUGUGCCGGUGCAUCUUAUGAUGUAUCGGAUCAAAGUAUUACGCAUCAACUUAUCGAUCGACCAAAAUUACAUGAUAUGGCCGUUAAUCGAGUUUAUGUUCAACCACAAUGGAUAUUUGAUUCGAUUAAUGCACGAAAAUUAUUACCGGUAGAUAAUUAUCUUCCAGGAAGUGUAUUACCACCGCAUCUUUCUCCAUUUGUUGAAGAAAAAGAGGGAGAUUAUGUUCCACCGGAAAGAUUUGGUCAACGCAAACCAGAUAAUGAUAUUGAAGAACAAACAACUAACGAAGUUCCUUCUAUCGAUCUCGUCAAUAGCAAUGCUUAUUUGAAUGGUAGUCUUAAAAGAAAACGUACCGAAAAUGAAGAAACAGCACCAAAAAUUACCACAAAAGAAGAACGAAAACGUGCAAUGCGUGUUGAAUCCGGUCAAGUACAAAGUGUCAAUGUAUCAAAUAUUGUUAAGCGUAAGGCCAAUGAAGAAAGACGUUUAGUUGAAAUGACAAUACCGAAGAAACAAAAACGCUUAUACGAUAAAAUCAAAUUUUCUCAAAAGAAAAAACGACAGGAGGUUGAUAAAUUGAAACGUAAGCGAGCUGAUUAUGAAAAUAAUACAAUUCAAGAUGUAACAAACGACAAGAAAAAACUAAUGAAAUUAUCUUGA